GAAUCCCCCGUGGAAUCCACUGGCGGUGUCCCCGCCGCCCCACCCCCCACCCCAGGCGGUGCGGGACCCGCGGGAACGGCCGUUCCCGGGCCUCGCCGGCCCCCCGGCCGCACGCACCCUCGUGACUGACGGCCCGCCCCCCAAAGACCGCGGCACCGGAGCUGCACCCCGAGGCUCUGGUGACUUUAUUCAGAUGCCCCCCUCCCGCGGCCCCAGGAACCCGCCAUUCCCCACAUCCAGGAAAAUGUGAUGCGCUACAGGUAUUAGCUUCUAGGUCGCCACUUCAUGUUCCAGCCACAAGUGACUGGAGCGGAGACUCUAGGAGCAGCGAGGAACCUCAGGAAAAUGUCUAAAGAAAUGGCAGACCAAAGGGAAGCAUCUGGGGGGAAAGAGGCGUGCAGAGAGCGGCCCAGAGAAUCGGACAAAGUGGAGGAACCACCAGCUGCUUCAUCCCAUGGCCAGGGGUGGCGUCCAGGUGGCAGAACAGCUAGGAACUCAAAGCCUGAACCCGGGGCCAGACUCACUGCACCCCUUACCAUGGUCAAUGACCCACCAGUACCUGCCUUGCUAUGGGCCCAGGAAGUGGGCCAUGUCUUGGCAGGCCGUGCCCGCAAGCUGCUGCUGCAGUUUGGGGUGCUCUUCUGUACCAUCCUUCUCCUGCUCUGGGUGUCUGUCUUCCUCUAUGGCUCCUUCUACUAUUCCUACAUGCCGACUGUCAGCCACCUCAGCCCCGUGCAUUUCCACUACAGGACCGACUGUGACUCCUCUACCUCCUUACUCUGCUCCUUCCCUGUUGCCAAUGUGUCCCUAGCUAAGGGUGGACGUGAUCGGAUGUUAGCAAUGUUCUCCUUCUUAGAUUGUUUCAGCCAGUCCAUAUCUAUACACGAGGUGCUGAUGUAUGGACAGCCGUACCGCGUUACCUUAGAGCUUGAGCUGCCAGAGUCCCCCGUGAAUCAAGAUUUGGGCAUGUUCUUGGUCACCAUUUCAUGCUACACCCGAGGCGGACGAAUCAUCUCCACCUCUUCACGCUCCGUGAUGCUGCACUACCGCUCAGACCUGCUCCAGAUGCUGGACACGCUGGUCUUCUCCAGCCUGCUGCUCUUCGGCUUCGCUGAGCAGAAGCAGCUCCUGGAGGUGGAGCUGUACCCGGAAUACAGAGAAAACUCGUACGUGCCGACCACUGGAGCGAUUAUCGAGAUCCACAGCAAGCGCAUCCAGCUGUACAGGGCCUCGCUCUGCAUCCACGCCCACUUCUCUGGGCUCAGGUACCUGCUGUACAACUUCCCCGUCACCUGCGCCUUCAUAGGCGUCUCCAGCAACUUCACGUUCCUCAGCGUCAUCGUGCUCUUCAGCUACAUGCAGUGGGUGUGGGGGGGCAUCUGGCCCCAGCACCGCUUCGCUCUGCAGGUAAACAUCCGAAAGAGGAACGGUUCCCGGAAGGAGGUCCAGGGGAGGACAGCUGCCCGCCGGCCAGGCCAGGAGGAGUCGGCACCCCUGCCGGACAUUACAGAGGACGGCGAGAGCCCUGACCCCUCAGGGACAGAGGGCCAGCUGUCCGAGGAGGAAAAGCCAGACCCGCAGCCCCUUAAUGGAGAGGAAGAGCUAGAGCGGGAAGCCAGCGAUGGCUCAGGCUCCUGGGAAGAUGCAGCUUUGCUGACAGAGGCCAACCUGCCUGCGCCUGCGCCUGGCCCUGCCCUGGCCCCCGAGACGCUGGGCAGCUCUGAACCCUCCGUGGGCUCUCACCGGCAGCAGCUCACCUGCUCCAGCUCCUGAGAGCAGGCAGAGCCCCUCCCGAGUCCCACACACACUCCAGCCCUUCCCCCCGCCCUGACCUUUUCCUGCGGCCUCCCCAAUAAACAAUAUUCUUGCCAGCUGCC